CGCGAAGCACGACCCGUGACACUUCAGCAGCCAUCAUGGGCUGCGGGAAUUCGAGGAGCGCUGCGGUGAUUCAGCCAGCGUCGGAAAACCGAAAUGGCUGGGCGGACAAGACCCCAAAGAGGAAGCGUUCUUCACACCAUGAACUAACUCUUGGCACCCGGGAAGGAUCCGCUAUAUCAAAGCAAACAACAGACAGUGGCUUGGGGCUAGAAAAUGAAUUGCCAGGUGCCAUACAGGAAAAAGUAACACCAAUCAGACCUGUAAAUGGUCCCACUUUCCUUCAGGAACCAAAAGAAAGACAAAAGUCAUCAGACAUCCUUGAAGAACUCCAAAUGCAAGGAAUUAUCCAAAAGUCGCACACUGUUGUGAAAAAUGGGGAAGCAUACGAUGUUAUGGUGGAGACCACAGAAAAACAGCUGAAGAAACCUCCUCUGCACCUGGAGAAACUGAAGACCAAACAGAAGAAACAAAAACCUGUAACCAAGGAAGAGAUUGAAAACAAAAUGCGGGCAGUAGAGGAACGACGAAAGACUAGGGAAGAAGAGCUGAAGAAAAAACUUCGAACUGAAAAGGGGAUCAGCAGAAGUAUAACUAGCAUGGAGUUUCGUCCCUUCUCACAAACAGACAUGUCUUUGGAGAAUGAAGAGGAAGGGAGGAUUCGACCGAAAACAUCACUGGAGGGAGAACGUCUUGCUUCUUCAAGGAAGAGCCCAGAGAGUGAUGGAGUCUCAGAAAAAUCCAAUGACUUUGGGGCCUUGGAAUUAGACCCAGGAUUUCGUUUUUCAAGCCAGACCCCUGAUGAUAAGGAAGAUGUGUUUUGAUGAGCACUAAGUGUUAUUUCUUGUCUGCUUAGUGUGAGAGUUCGGACAUUUCCAUUUUUAAUACGUCUGACUUGAUUUUAUAUUGAUAUAAUAUGUAAGCUAUCAAUAACGCUAAAGUGCCAAAAUUCUUCCUAAAUUUAGGGAUGAUUAGCAUAUGAAGUUUCAUUACUGAACGUGAAAAUGAUGCCACCGAGCAUUGUCCAUUGUAAAAUGUACGUGUUCUUCCUCCAAACCCACCGUCACUCCAAUUCUGAUUUACACUGUGAAAUUGAUACGUGCUGAAUGGUAACAUGGGAGAUGAGCUUUGGUUCUUUACCAGGGGUUUUCAUUCUCGGUCCCAGGGAGCUUAUGGCUGUUGGCUUUAGUUGCAAACAAUUAACUAGAGGCUAAUUCCUUCGUUAUAGACCGUAUUUUCAGUUAUCAUCAGUGAGGUUAGGAAUACAUAAUAGCGUGUGUUUUAGACAUUAGGAAAUGUGGUGUAUAUUUCUCAUAUUUUUUAAUCGGCUUCUUCUUAAUUUUGAUUGCUGAUUUUUCUCACAAUGCAGCCUCUUUUCAAUAAUUAAAAAAGGACCUCAGACUAGUUGUCCACCAUUUACUUCUAGGUACUGGAAAUGUUAAAGAAAUGUAAUGCCAAACACGUUCCUCGAUAGCUUCACAAGCCAUUUCUGUUUUAUUCCUUUGCUGCUGACGUACAGCUGGUUUUCUACAGUUCUAGUUGAACAUGGGAGUUACUCAACACUGCCAUGGGAUAUGAUAGGCUCUGACAAGUUGACAGGCACAUGGGAUACCACAUCUAAUUGACAGAAGGCACCCACAAGACACACUGUGGACUAGAUGGUAUAUAUUAUCAGAGAAUGUUGUCCAAUUGUUCCUUUCACUGACACUCAACACCAUUCAUUCAUGUCCCCAUCCACUUUCUAUAAGACGGAACCUACAAAUGAGGUGCCAGUCCUUCCCAGGGCACAUGCAAGCAUACAGUAUUGCCACAUUCAACCUCUUCUCUGACAUUUUUACAUGUACUAACGAACCAGACUCGUCAUCUUUGGGUGGUGGAAUGAAUGCAAACCGCAUACUGACAAAUCAUCGACCUGGCUAGGAUGUCACACUCUUGUUUUGUGAAACUAUGAGGCAUCAUCACAAACUAACCCCUGUAGGGAAUGUGUUUAAAUUGUUUUUUGGGACAUCUUGUAGAUUUUUAAGCUCUUGCUUCCAGAAGAAUAAAAUGUACAAGUGGAUGCACUUGUAUUGACAUCAA